AAACCUAAGUCCCUCCUACCGGAAGUAGAAAGUGUAGCUUCCGGUUCAGUACAAAUCAUGCAGCGCCGCGGUUGUCAUUCUCGUUAGCGUGCUUAAACAUUGAGGAGAGCAUAAGACCAUGUUUACUCCACCGAAGGAGGUGAUGCCCAGUAUGAUUGACAGUGCUCUGAGGAUGAGGAGAGAGGAGCAGGCUCGGCAGGUUGUCCUCGCCUGGGCUGUGCUUAACGUCUCUCUGGCCGGCAUGAUCUACACUGAGAUGUCGGGGAACUUGCUGAGUCGAUACUACAACAUCACCUACUGGCCUAUCUGGUACAUUGAACUGUUGUUAGCGUCUCUCUUCAGCCUCAACGCUCUUUUUGACUUCUGGAAAUAUUUCAAAUAUACUAUGGCACCAUCUACUAUCGCUGUAUCCCCUGAACAGCAUCUCCUGCUGGGGCUCAGAAACACAAGUAUACAGGCCUCUCCGCCACAGAGGCAGGAAAAAAAGGAGACUCCUGCUCCGGCGCAGUUGUCUCCCCUGCAGGGUCAAAGUGUGCUGAGUUUCAGCCCCUCUCGAUCUGCCACCAUCAACCCAAAGUUCUCCCCGAGCUGUGUUCCUGGCUACAGUGCUUCACUCAGCCCAUCCACUCCAAACAAUGCUGGGGGGGGCUUCUCUCCCUCAGUUGCUUAUGGAAAGGUGUUGAACUACAGUCCCUCCCCUGGUUCAUCUCCUUACCCCAGCAGCAUUGGUCCAGCAGAGGGCUCCAACCUAAGGGCUAGGUAUCGCACGUCGCCCUCAGUGUUUAAUUCCCCUGGAAGCAAAGAGGACUGCAUGGAUGAUCUGAAAAGCCUGGAGAGGUUCCUCCGGACAGAGGAGGAGAAGAGUCACCGCAGCCAGCUAGGAAGUCCAGAGUCUGUGUCUCCGAACCACAGUCCAACAUUCUGGAACUACAACCGCUCAGUCGGUGACUACACUCAGAGCCUGCGGAAGUUCCUGUACCAGCCCGCCUGUCGCUCCCAGGCUCCAUCUGCACACAAAGAUGAGACAGAUCUGGGCUCCAAACAGGCAGCAGAGGAGGUGUGGGCCAGAAUCACAACCAGCCGUCCUGUCGUGGACCACAUUGAUAGCUGGACGGCCAAGCUUAGAAAUUGGAUAAGUGAUACAAUCCUGGUGCCUUUGGUGAAGGAAAUCGACUCGAUCAACAGUCAGCUCAGGCGGAUGGGAUCUCCUGAGCUCCAGAUAGGAGAGGCAAGCAUCAGCAGCCUGAAGCAGGCGGCCGUGAUGAAAGCAUCAGCCAUACCCACCAUAACCUCAAUCGUACAGUACCUGGACAUCACACCAAACCAGGAAUAUCUAGUGGAGCGGAUCAAAGAGCUCGCACACAGUGGCUGCAUGAGCUCUUUUCGUUGGAACAAAGGAGGAGACCUGAAGAAUAGAAAGUGGGACACGGACCUCCCCUCUGACUGUGCUAUCCUCAUGAAUAUGUUUUGCACCUAUUUGGACUCCAGACUGCCCCCACAUCCAAAGUACCCCGAUGGGAAGACCUUUACUUCGCAGCACUUCAGCCACACGCCAGACAAACCUGAUGUAACCAAAGAGAACCUCUUCUGUAUCCACCAGAGCAGCACCACUCCUCCUCACUACCAGCUCAUCUACCAGGGGAACAUCUACAGUCUUCCCAAGGGCAGGAACAACCUUUUCCACACCAUCCUCAUGUUUCUCUUUGUUAUUAAAACCAAGGAGUCUGGCAUGUUGGGGAGGGCAAAUCUCGGACUCUCGGGCGUGAACAUCCUGUGGAUCUUUGAAGAUUGAUGCGUUUAUAAUGUGCAUAUGGAGGAUUACCGUGAGUGCUGCACACACCGGUUGUAAACUCAGACUGGCUCUUCAUUUUGUAAUUCACAUCAUUUAAGUCAGGAUUUUUUUUCUCUAUCAUGCUGCUGUGAGCUUACCAUACAACACAGAGCUGUGGUUUUAUCAUUGGUUUUGUUAUUUUUGUAUUUUGUAUUUGUCGGCGCGGCAGAAAUGUAAAUAUGACACAGUUUGGGUCGGAGAGGGCAACGACCUGGUUAAACUGAAUGUAAAUACAUGUUGACAUGUUCCGUUACAGUAGCAUCUGUGACUUUUUUAGCUAGCGUGCUGGUUUGUUUUUUGUUGUAAAAUGAAUGCCUGCAGUGACAGAGAUGGUGCUUAAAUUUACUUUAAAAACUGAUGCCUCCUGGAAAGUCUCUGGCACACUCUCAGUAACCGAGGAUAACUUGUGAUUUGCUGAAAAACGAACAGAAAACCUCGUUGUCGCCAAAGUCUUUGCUCUGAUUGUACAGAAAGUCAUUUAUGACAUUUAAAACUUUUUACAUGCUCACAUGCCUUACAGUACUUGCUUAUUCUGUAAAAUGUCACUUGAAAGGAUGAAUAAAAUUUAGAUACAAAA